UCUCUCUUACCCACCCUCCUCCCUCUCUCUCUCGGCUGUCCUUGACGGUGCUCUGUGGCAAAGCAGAGCACUGUAGUGCUGGGUUGUGCAGGAGGAAGCAGGCAGCCAGCCUUUGCCCAGUGGAUACAUACUGUUCUGUCUCUUCCAACGCUGCUGCCGUUACCCGGGAUACGCAGUCGGGCCUGCCGUGCUGCCAGGGGAGUCGAGGGCUAAUGCCAGUCUGCCAUGACGGCUGAGUGCCAACCUAAGGGGAACGCGUUUUAAAGUGCCCAUUGCGCCAUGUCCGCCACACAGCUGGAGGAGACAGAAAAUGUUUUCGACCUGAACGAGGCCAUCCCAGAGACAGAGCUGCUGGACAACAGCAUACAGAAGGGGCGUGCCCAGCUGUCCGUCAAAGCCAGGAGGCACCGCCCCUCUCGCUCUCGCUUCCGAGACAGCGUCAGCUCCACAGAGGGAGAUGACAGUCUUGAGAGGAAGUGUCUGGACAGCCCAUUGCACUCCGUCCGUUCCCCCCUCCACUCCACCCUGCGAGGAGGCUCCUCCCCUUCGCCUGAUUCGCUCCUCUCCUCGUCCUCCCCUUGUCCCACCUGUCCCACCUUACGGAGCCCCGUCUUCUCCUUCGACACCUCCCCUUACGGCGCUCCCCGGAGGAGGGCGGGACCGGUUCGGACUGCUCGCCUGUUUACAUUCGACGGCACGACGCCCAGCAGUGAGGCAACCACCAUUACUGCCAUACCAUUAAGGCCACACCAACAUGUUGGUAAUGGUGAGUUAAUGUAUCAAAAAAUGCUUUGUCUAAUCAUUAAUGUGCCAAUUGCCAGUUUUCAUUGUUUCUCAGUGUUAGUUUCAGAAAACAGUCGAGACACCAGCCCGGCCGACCCCGGCAACAACAGCCUUAUCUUCGACAAGAAGACAAAGAGGAGGUUCUUGGACCUGGGGGUCACGUUGAGACGCUCCUAUGUGAGAGUCAGAAAAGACAAGUCAAACAGACUGUCAAUGGGAAGCCGGGAGUCAUCUGAGAGCCCGUCCAGGUCCUCUGGCUCGUUCGUGCCUUUCUCCUGGUUCACUGACAGCGCCAGGGGCUCUGUGUCCUCCGGGGCAACCCCGCCCUGCUCCCCCAAACUGGUCUCACAGGACUGCAGCCCCCGCAAGUCCAACUCUCAGGAGUCUGCCCUGAGUGAUGAGUUCUCUCCGCCCCCCCGUAGUCCCCCCCACGCCUCCAGUGGGACCACAGCCGACUCGUCCUCCCGCUCCUCACAACGCUACCAGACCCUCUCCCAGUCCUCAGACGAGCCUAUUGACGAGCCACUGUGCCUAGUGUCGUCGUGGAGCACCCAGCAGGUGUGCCAGUGGCUGAAGGGGUUGAACAUGGAGCAGUACAUCUCAGAGUUCACUGCCAGGGACAUCGACGGGGAGCAGCUCCUCCUGAUGGACGGCACCAAGCUCAAGGGUUUGGGAGUGAACAGUUCGACGGACCGCAGUGUCCUGAAAAGGCGGAUCAAAGACAUUCACACAGCAGCGGAAAAGGAGCGCAAGGCUCUGGACAAACUGGAACGCCAGAAAGAGAAACAGCGCAAAAAGGAACAGGAACUACGCAGGCUAAACACAAGCUAGACAUAACCACCAGAUGGCGCUAAAUGACCACAGAAAUACUCCUGACUAGAAACUGGUGCUGGGGGACCAUCUCCAACUUUCACAUUAUCAUGAUAGCAUUGAUGCUAAGUGGAGUUUUGUGCAAAACGUUGGAAUUUGCACAUAGACUUUUGUACUGUACCUCCGGUUUGGAUGUGAGGCUUUGAACCCUGUGAUGGGCGGGACAGUGUGUUGUCUAUCACUGACACAUGAUCAAUAACAGAAUGAAAGCUCCAUUAACUUCUUGUCAAACGGCUUUAUUUUAGACCAAGAUCACGGCAGGACUGUCCAUUUCUAAUUUGGGUCCAGAGGUGAAAAAGCUUAAAAAACCCGUGUUUGAGACCAAUCAAUCAGUGGUUGACGCAACAUGAUAGGUCCCGCCCAUAUUUGGGUUCACACGUCUCAUUCUUCCUGGCUGUGACAAAUGUGUUCUUCUUUGUCAAUCAGUAAGGUUAUCCACCCUUGUGGAAAAUGACAAAUAUUUUGUUACUCGAAAUGAAUAUGUGUUAUAUGUGACUUCUACACACAUUCAAUGCAUUGACAAAAUCAUACUUUUCCCAUAACAUUUGACUGUACUCGCAUACAGAACAUUCUAGCAAAUAACACACUAUCAAAACCUAAACCAUGGUCUGAGUUAUUAUAGGAAUAAUAUAAUUACAGAAAUUAGCAUUUAUUUAUUUUACAAAGAAUAUAAUCACAGAAUUGAGCUUUUUUUUUUAAAUCUCAUAACCACAAGCCAGUAACACCCAACCACAUUCAUAUUGUAGUAUGCAUCAAUACUCUGUAAGCCACUGUCAAUGGACAGGAGUUAAACUUGAAGUAACAUGAAGAUUUGUCCAGGACAUUGUCAAGAUAAGACGCUGAUGAGACAGAUGUGCUUUUUGAGCAUAUUUAUAAAUACUGUAUGUUUGUGGUGUACGUGCAUGUUUGUGACGUACGAUAUUCUGUCUGUUUAUGUGUACAUAUGUGCUAUCUGAGGUAAUUUAUUUGGUAACGACUGUAUGGGGAUGGGACUGGCUCUCCUGAAAGGAGUCUUCUGAGGUGGCCACUUUAGAAUUCUGGGUGUUGUCAAUCUUCUGUCUCUACUCCCACGUUGCACCAAUCGUCAUCUUAGACGUUUUUGUCUUGAGAGACUCGAAGUUUUUGAAUCCUGCUGGAACAAGACAAGAAAGACACAUCGAUCCUCUUUGGAGGAUUCAGCGCCCCGUAUACUAUCCAAGCAUACUAUCCAAACCGUAUUCCCAUUUUGCCCAGUUUUCAUAUGGAAUUCUUGGACUGGUUUGUGGUCAGUAGAAUCAUUGACAUGGACAUUAGCUCCGGGUUUUACACAUACAUGAUCCUUAGGACUCGUUCCUUGAUUUCCGUCCUCCCAUGAUGCGGUUGGUUCAUUUAUGUUCAACUCCUGUGUCAAAUGGAAAUAUGUAUUAAAUAUGUUUUAAAAUGCAGAAUGCAUGUCAGCACUCCCAAACUU